GUUUUCAGUCUGUUAAUUCUCAUCAACCUUCUUUCCCGGUGCCGGCCGCCGGAGAUCACCAGAGCACUUCACCGUUCAAUUUCUCCACCAAAUCAAACUAUUCGAAUUGUUGAAUGUUAUUUGGAAAUUGUAAAUGGGUGAUAUAGAUGAUAUCACAAAGGAGAAGAGAGUAGUUUUUGUGACCGUGGGGACAACUUCUUUUGAUGCUCUUGUAAGAGCAGUGGAUACUCCGGAAGUUAAGAAUGAAUUGUUCAAGAAGGGUUACACCGAUAUUCUGAUUCAAAUGGGGCGAGGAUCGUACAUCCCCACAAAGGCAUCUGCUGAAAAUGGUUUCCCAGCUCUUGACUACUUCACAUUUUCAUCAAGCAUAGCUGACUAUUUGAAGUCAGCAUCACUUGUUAUCAGCCAUGCAGGUUCAGGGAGCAUAUUUGAGACAUUACGACUGGGCAAACCGUUAAUAGUGGUAGUCAAUGAGGAUCUAAUGGACAACCAUCAAAGCGAGCUUGCAGAAGAACUGGCUGAGAGAAAACAUUUGUAUUGUGCUCAUCCACAAACAUUAUACAAGACUAUAUCGGAUAUGGAUCCGGGGUCUCUUGUUCCAUAUCAACCAGGUGACGCGAAACCAGUUGCUGAACUUAUUUAUAGAUAUUUAGGUUUCCCAGAGGAUUGAUGAAACUUAUUGUUCUGUAGUUGACAUGAAGUGAAGCUCAAUUGUAUGUGAUUUAUACAGCAUAAUCUUUAUCCUCAAAUAUUCUGUUAUAUUUGUUUCUAAUGA